AAAGAGGGAAAGGGGUGGUUCAUUUUAGAUCACCAGGAGGAGGCAAAGGAAGACAUAAUGGCGAUAGCGUAUUAGGCUUUUGCCAAAAAGUCAGCUUUAUCUCAUUUUUCAUUUAAUGAUCUGCUGGGGUUUAUAGACUUUUAAAGCUGAGAGAGAUAAUUGAGCUUUUCCCAGUGCAGCUACAUUGAAUGUCACGCGGUUUCGAGAGAGAGGUAUCUAUGAGGUGAAUAAUUUUGGUCCUUACUCCUUCAGUUAAUGCUCUUGCUGUCAACUUUUGACUUGGCUACCUGGUUUACUAGUUUAAGUCAGCUUCUCAUCACACCCCACACCAUACAUAUCCUUACCCCUUUCAUUUUUAGCUAUAAAUGUGCAUCAAGCAAAGGUUAGGCUUGGACACAUGCAUUAGAACCCUAUCAAGUAAAGAGGGUUAGAGAAAUAAAAAGAGAAAGCCGACAGCACAUAGAUAGAGAGAGGAAAACGACUUAAUAUUCUUUUUCCUUGAGACCUGAAGGGGCUAAGGAAAAUUAGAAGGACACACAAGUAUAAAGGCGGUGAAAUAAAAGAGAAAGACAAGAAGACGACAUGGGAAGACCACCUUGUUGUGACAAAGAAGGGGUCAAGAAAGGGCCUUGGACUCCUGAAGAAGACAUCAUAUUGGUGUCUUAUAUUCAGGAACAUGGUCCUGGAAAUUGGAGGGCAGUUCCUGCCAAAACAGGGUUGUCAAGAUGCAGCAAGAGUUGCAGACUUAGAUGGACUAAUUACCUGAGGCCAGGAAUCAAACGGGGCAACUUCACAGAACAAGAGGAGAAGAUGAUAAUCCAUCUUCAAGAUCUUUUAGGAAACAGAUGGGCUGCAAUAGCUUCAUACCUUCCACAGAGAACAGACAAUGACAUAAAGAACUAUUGGAACACCCAUUUGAGAAAGAAGCUGAAGAAGAUGCAAGUAGGUUGUGAAGGUGGUAGCUUUGGAGAAGGGUUUUCAGCCUCAAGGCAAAUCCCUAGAGGCCAGUGGGAAAGAAGGCUCCAAACUGAUAUCCAAAUGGCAAAGAGAGCCCUCAGUGAAGCUCUUUCACCAGAGAAGCCAUCUUGUAAUUUAUCUGCCUCAAACUCAAACCCUUCAGAUAGUAGCAGCUCCUUCUCUUCCACAAAACCAACAACAACACAAACUGUGUGCUAUGCCUCAAGUGCUGACAACAUAGCUAGAAUGCUAAAGGGUUGGAUGAAAAACCCACCAAAGUCCUCAAGAACAAACUCAUCAUCUGUGACUCAGAACUCCUUCAACAACUUUGCUGCAGCAGGUGCUGAUACUGCUUCUAGUAUUGGAGCAAAGGGACCACCAAGCAGUGCUGAAUUGUCUGAAAACAAUUUUGAAUCAUUGUUUGAUUUUGAUCAGUCUUUUGAGUCUUCAAACUCUGAUGAAUUCUCUCGGUCAUUGUCUCCUGAGGCCACUGUUUUGCAAGAUGAAAGCAAGCCUGAUGUUAUUGGUGCAGAAAUUAUGCCAUUCUCUUUGCUUGAGAAAUGGCUUCUUGAUGAGGCUGGUUGCCAAGAGAAAUUAGUUGGUUGUGGUGAUGAUGCCAAGUUUUUCUAAGUUGGGUUCAUUUUGUGACAUAUAUGAGACUGUGGAAUUUUUUAUUUUAUUUCAUAAGUUAUAGGUAGGGCCUCAUCAAUUAAUCUUCGCUUUGGCCUUAGAGAGAGAAGUUUUUCAAGCCUUUGGUGCUAGACGUGUAUAUGUUAAUAACUAUUGAAAUUAUGAUUAUUGUUAUCAUACUGUGUUAGAUGCCACACUGGAAAACUUGCUUCUCUUAUGUAAAGUUGAUCUUGCGAUGAGAUCUUGCCUUUUGAAUUAA